GACCCGAAUCUGCUACAGACUGGGUCGCCGUCACGUUGAAAACACACAGAGCCAUCCCGGGAGAUAGCUUUCUGCAUGAGGGGUAAAAACCUUGAUCGGCAGGAUCCAGCCGAAAAGACAAGUCUUUGGGCCACAAGGAGCAGAAAGAGGAAGGGAAGGGGAGGGGAGGGGGGAAAUUGGGAGAAAAAAAGAGAAACAUGUCUUCCGCUUCAAACGAAAUCACGAAUACAAUUGAGAUUAAAGAAGAAAACGACAGCUUGCAACCAAAGAUCAACAACACACUGGGUUCUCCAGCCACUCUGGAGCCUGAAGUGAGUGCACUUUCUACAAGCCCGGAGAUUUCCGAUCAGGUACCCGUGGAAUUGUUGACCAACCCCGCCGCGGCGCUGACUUUUUCGCCGGAGCAAGUGGCGUGUGUGUGCGAGGCUUUGCAACAAGGAGGGAACCUGGAUCGCUUAGCCCAGUUCUUGUGGUCCCUGCCUCCCAGCGAUCUGCUACGUGGCAACGAAAGCAUCCUGAAAGCUCGGGCUCUGGUGGCUUUCCACCAGAGUCGCUACAAAGAGCUGUACAGCAUUCUGGAGAGUCAUAACUUCGACUCGUCCUGCCACACUUCGCUGCAGGAUCUGUGGUACAAAGCCCGGUACACAGAAGCCGAGAAAGUCCGCGGCCGGCCCCUGGGGGCUGUGGAUAAGUACAGGCUGCGGAGGAAAUUCCCCUUGCCCAGGACCAUAUGGGACGGCGAGGAGAGGGUCUACUGCUUCAAGGAGAAAUCGCGGAACGCGCUCAAAGAGUUGUACAAGCAGAAUCGCUACCCAUCGCCGGCCGAGAAGCGGAAUCUGGCCAAGAUCACAGGGCUUUCCCUCACCCAGGUCAGCAACUGGUUCAAAAACAGGCGCCAGCGAGACCGCAAUCCAUCGGAAAACCAGUCGAAAAGGUGA